GAUUGUGAUUUCUAUUCAAUCCAAGGGAAAAAUUAAGUGUAAGACAAAAUAUUUUCAAUUUUGAUCGUAUUUAUCUAAGAAAAAAUGCAGAAGAGCUUGAUUCCUGGCCACAACAACAACCGCCACCUGUCCACCGAGGAAAUUGAAAACAAUAUCGGUGGGCUCCCUGUCACUGAGAAUCGCAUUCAAGAAAUCUUCGAUGAGAUGGAUGAGGGACAUACGGGAACUGUGUCGGUCGAUGCUGUGAAAGAAUUCUACUGCAGUCUGGAGCAUUACGGCCUGGAGCUAAGCGACAAAGAAGUUCAUACACUUGUGAGCAAAUAUUCAAAUACCAAGAAGGGCUUCCUUACGUAUGAUGAAUUUGCAUGCUUUCUUCUUACUCUGAGUCAAUGGUAGUAUUUAUGUAUAAAAGAAUGAUAUGUAUGUUCUUCUUAUGUUUAUUUUAGUCAAUGAAAAAUUUUAUUAAGUGUCA